AUGGGCUCUGCGGUAGAAAGCGCGACUUUCAGCAGACACCAGCUGUCGAAAUACUUCGACCACAUCCAGCUGCCUCAAAAGUAUCGGCAGGAUGGUGUGCCUCGCGACCUAUCGCUACUGACAGCAUUGCACAUCCACCAAAUCGCUGCAGUCCCGUAUGAGAAUUUGUCUCUGCAUUACUCCCAACACAAGACCGUCGAUCUAAACCCCCAAACCCUGUUCACCAAAUUUGUUGAAAAUGGGCGCAACCGCGGUGGGUAUUGCAUGGAAGGGUCCCUCUUCUUCAUGCACGUCCUUCGAAGCCUUGGUUAUGAAGCAUACCCAACCGGAGUAAGGAUCCGGCUGCGGGAGGACGGCAUACCAAAGGGCGACUACGUCGGCAUGACGCACAUGGCCCUGAUUGUCGAGCUGGACGGGGAGGAGUGCGACAAGUACGUUUGCGACGUCGCAUUCGGCGGCGACGGGCCAACUGCGCCGAUGCCGUUGAAGGUUGGCCCGAUCACCAAGAACCUCGGGUCACAGGAGGUCCGCUUCGCACGUGAGCGCGUCCCGGGCUCAAAGAGGCAGGAGUUCUGGGUCUACCAGUACCGGAACUCCGCUGCCAAGCCCUGGAACUCGUUUUACGUUUUCAACGACACGGAGUUCCUCGAGGUUGAUUUCAAUGUGGUCAACUAUUUCACCAGCCAGGCGGGUACCUUCCAGAAUUUCACCAUCAUGAUUGUCAAGUUCCUGCUGGGUCAAGACGAAAAGACCGGAGAUGGUAAGAUUGCUGGCAAGGUUAUGCUGGUCAACGGCGUUGUGAAGAGGAACACGGGCGGCAAGACGGAGGUUGUCCAAAAAUGCUCUACUGAGGCUGAACGGAUUAGCGCACUCAAGACUUGGUUUGGAAUCACCUUAUCGGAUGAAGAAGUUUCCGGAAUCAAGGGCUCUGUGACGGAGCUAAGAGACGUUGAAGUCAUAGUUGCUUGA